GUCCAGUCUGAGAAAGGGCGGCCGCGACCCGAGGCGCCCGAGUCAAAGGAGCGGCCCCCCUCUCUCCGAGGGGGUUGGGGGUCCGGACGGCCGGGCGGGUCUCGGCGGGAGCCUGGGCCCCUUGAGAGACUGUGGCGGUGCGGCUGCUCGGUUUCGCGGCUUCUCCGCCGCCGUCGAGCUGGUGUCGCGCCCUUGCCCGCCCUGGAGUCGGACUGUGUAGCGGGGCGCCCUGCUAGUUCCAGGCCCAGUGGGCCUGAGUAGCAGACGCGGUCAUGGUUAUCUGGACGCUGCUGUUAUUGUUUCUGAAUCCCGGAACUGGGGCCUGACUCCCUAGAGAGACUGAGGGUGCCGAGAUGAGUUUCCAGUGCUGACCAGUGCAGCUAUAUUUUGCUAAAAGGUGUCUUGGGGUGUUUUUUUCCUAACCUUUCCCCCGUUUUCUCUUCUCACCUUUUUAUUUUUACCCAUUUUUCGUCUUGCUGUUUUUCAGUUAGAAGUGGGUGCUGUCAGUGGUGAAAUAAAAUUAGGACCGAGGCCUUGUCCAGUUGGUGCUUACUCAGUCCGUGCUGACCCAUGGUCAGGGCUUGGAGCAGAGCUGUAAGGGAGGGCGGAGUCCUACAGUAGAGGUGAGGCAAGAGCUGCAUUCUGGCAGGGUUUCCAGCCUGGCAGACGACGUGCUCUGUAAUGCUUUUCUGAAUUGCCUUAGCCAGAAGGAAUAGGGAACUGCAUAUUUGGUUUACUAGAUUUGAGGAUGUCUGCUAUGUGCCACGCUGUCUGGCAUUGGGAGCGAUUUAUGAUUUGCUUCUCUAUCAUUUACUUACUGUUUUUGCUCAGCAGUAAGAAUUGAGGACUAACUGUGAACAUCUAGCAUGCAAACCUAUGCAAAGCAGUAUUUGGGAUCCAUAGGUAAGGUCUUCUCCAAAUCCUUAAAGAUUGUCUUGUAUGAAUUCUGUUAUAGGUCAGUGCGGAGUGGAUCAAAGCAGAAAUAAGCCUCUCUGGCCAGCCCAAGACUUCACUGAAAGCAGUAACAUACCUAAAGCAGGAAUGCCUCAAUCAGGAAUUUAGCCAAGAAACAAACAAACAAAAAAAAGCCUGGGAAGUAAAUAAUUUGGCAAGAUCCCUGUCUAAAGGGAAAGUCUCCUGAGCAGAUACUAAUUUUGUGUUGGGGAAUGCCCAGAUAGUGGACUGGCCUAUCGUGUACAGCAAUGAUGGAUUUUGCAAGCUGUCUGGCUAUCACAGGGCGGAAGUGAUGCAAAAAAGCAGUACCUGCAGUUUCAUGUAUGGGGAGCUGACUGAUAAAGACACAAUUGAAAAAGUUCGACAAACAUUUGAGAACUAUGAGAUGAAUUCCUUUGAAAUUUUGAUGUACAAGAAGAACAGGACACCUGUGUGGUUCUUUGUGAAAAUUGCUCCAAUUCGAAAUGAACAGGAUAAAGUGGUUUUAUUUCUUUGCACUUUCAGUGACAUAACAGCUUUCAAACAGCCCAUUGAGGAUGAUUCAUGUAAAGGCUGGGGGAAGUUUGCUCGGCUGACCAGAGCACUGACGAGCAGCAGGGGGGUCCUGCAGCAGCUGGCUCCCAGCGUGCAGAAAGGCGAGAACGUCCACAAGCAUUCCCGCCUGGCUGAGGUUCUACAGCUGGGCUCAGACAUCCUUCCCCAGUACAAGCAAGAGGCACCAAAGACUCCCCCUCACAUCAUCUUACAUUACUGUGUUUUUAAGACCACGUGGGAUUGGAUCAUCUUGAUCUUAACCUUCUACACAGCUAUCCUGGUCCCUUACAAUGUCUCCUUUAAAACCAGGCAGAACAACGUGGCCUGGCUGGUUGUGGAUAGCAUCGUGGAUGUGAUCUUUUUGGUGGACAUUGUGCUGAAUUUUCAUACUACUUUUGUUGGACCAGCUGGGGAGGUGAUUUCUGACCCCAAACUCAUCCGCAUGAACUACCUGAAGACGUGGUUUGUGAUUGACCUUCUGUCCUGUUUGCCAUAUGAUGUCAUCAACGCUUUUGAGAACGUGGAUGAGGGCAUCAGCAGCCUAUUCAGCUCACUGAAGGUUGUCCGGCUGCUACGUCUUGGACGAGUGGCCCGUAAGCUGGACCACUACAUUGAAUACGGAGCCGCUGUGCUGGUGCUGCUGGUGUGUGUGUUUGGGCUGGCUGCUCACUGGAUGGCCUGCAUCUGGUACAGCAUUGGGGACUACGAGAUCUUUGAUGAAGACACCAAGACCAUCCGCAACAACAGCUGGCUCUACCAACUGGCGAUGGACAUUGGCACCCCUUACCAGUUUAAUGGAUCCGGCUCAGGGAAGUGGGAAGGUGGUCCCAGCAAGAAUUCCGUCUACAUCUCCUCGUUGUAUUUCACUAUGACCAGCCUUACCAGCGUGGGCUUUGGAAACAUUGCCCCAUCCACAGACAUCGAGAAAAUCUUUGCAGUGGCCAUCAUGAUGAUUGGCUCACUUCUCUAUGCCACCAUCUUUGGGAACGUGACAACCAUUUUCCAGCAGAUGUACGCCAACACCAACCGGUACCAUGAGAUGCUCAACAGCGUUCGGGACUUCCUGAAGCUCUACCAGGUGCCAAAGGGCUUGAGUGAGCGAGUCAUGGAUUAUAUCGUGUCUACCUGGUCCAUGUCCAGAGGCAUCGACACAGAGAAGGUUCUGCAGAUCUGCCCCAAGGACAUGAGAGCUGACAUCUGCGUGCACCUGAAUCGCAAGGUGUUCAAGGAGCACCCAGCUUUCCGGUUGGCCAGUGAUGGCUGCUUGCGGGCACUGGCCAUGGAGUUUCAGACAGUGCACUGCGCCCCAGGGGACCUUAUCUACCAUGCAGGAGAGAGUGUUGACAGCCUCUGCUUCGUGGUCUCCGGCUCCCUGGAGGUGAUCCAGGAUGAUGAGGUGGUGGCUAUUCUAGGGAAAGGAGACGUGUUUGGAGAUGUGUUCUGGAAGGAAGCCACCCUUGCCCAGUCCUGUGCCAAUGUUAGGGCCUUGACCUACUGUGACCUGCAUGUGAUCAAACGGGAUGCCCUGCAGAAAGUGCUAGAAUUCUACACAGCCUUUUCCCACUCCUUCUCCCGGAACCUCAUUCUCACCUACAACUUGAGGAAGAGGAUCGUGUUCCGGAAGAUCAGCGACGUGAAGCGGGAGGAGGAAGAGCGCAUGAAACGCAAGAAUGAGGCCCCCCUGAUCUUGCCCCCGGACCACCCUGUCCGGAGACUCUUCCAGAGGUUCCGACAGCAGAAGGAGGCCCGGCUGGCCGCGGAGAGGGGCGGCCGCGACCCGGACGACCAGGAUGUGGAGAAGGGCGGUGCCGUCCCCGAGCACGCGGCCAACCACAGCCUGGUGAAGGCCAGUGUGGUCACCGUGCGUGAGAGCCCCGCCACGCCCGUGGCCUUCCAGGCGGCCUCCGCGGCGGCGGUGUCGGACCAUGGCCGGCUGCACGCGCCCGGCGCUGAGUGCCUGGGCCCCAGGGCAGCGGGGGGCGACUGCGCCAGGCGCAAAGGCUGGGCCCGCUUCAAGGAUGCCUGCGGCAAGGGCGAGGACUGGAGCCAGGUGGCCAAGGCCGAGUCCAUGGAGACGCUCCCCGACAGGACCAAGGCGUCCGGAGAGGCCACCCUCAAGAAGACAGACUCCUGUGACAGCGGCAUCACCAAGAGCGAUCUGCGUCUGGACAACGUCGGUGAGGCCAGGAGCCCUCAGGACCGGAGCCCCAUCCUGGCGGAGGUCAAGCAUUCUUUCUACCCCAUCCCCGAGCAGACGCUGCAGGCCACGGUCCUGGAGGUGAAGCACGAGUUGAAGGAGGACAUCAAGGCCUUGAACACCAAAAUGACAAAUCUUGAGAAACAGCUCUCUGAGAUACUCAGGAUAUUAACUUCCAGAAGAUCCUCUCAGUCUCCCCAGGAGCUGUUUGAAAUAUCGAGGCCCCAGUCCCCAGAAUCAGAGAGAGACAUUUUCGGAGCAAGCUGAGUGGUCUAAAAAAAGAGUCAAAGACCAAAACCCACCGCCCUUCCCUGGACACCAUCCCCACCACACACACCUACAUGACCAACAACUUCCAAAGUAGGCUUUCCUGACAGAAAAUCAAAGUGGGACCAGUCGCUUAGGCACGCGCGCUCUUUCUCUAUCUGGGCACAGAUACGGGAAGAGGUGUGUGUUACCACCCUGCUAGAUGACAGCUGUUUUCCAGCUGUCUGCACAAUUUUGGAAGAGGGGGCAUGCUGAGGGUAUUUUCCUUCCUUUUUAAUUUUUUUACUGCCACGAUAUUUGUAAAA